AUGGCUUCUAGGGAUUUCCUGGGCGGGUUCGGCCGGGAUGGAGGGCAAGCGCCUGCGGGUGGCGCCGCCGCAGGGGCCGGCGGGGAGUCGGACGACAUCGAGCUCAGCCUCGGCCUGUCCCUCGGCGCCAACCCGUCGCAGGACGGGAAGCAGCCGCCGCGGCUCCUGCGCUCGUCCUCCAUCGCCUCGAUCUGCUCCUUGCCUGCCACCAGCUGCGGGGGGGCGCAGGACGCCGCCGCCGCCGCCACCGCGCCUCCGCCGGACCAGCUGCUCCGCACCUCCUCCCUCCCCACCGAGUACAUGGAGGACCGGCUCCGCCGCCGGGCGAUGCAGAGCCAGCGACGCCUCGAGGCCAAGCGCAAGCGUCUCGAGCGCCGGAACUCCAUGAACUCGGGAAGGCCAGUUCCGGCGCCCGGUGGUGGUACCGCCGGCCGCGACGAUGGCCUUGAGCACACGGUCCCCAGCGGCUUCCAGCUCCGCCGUACCGUCGCCGCCUUGAUGACGGCGGGUUCGCCAACGCCAAGCCGGCCGCAGCAAGGAUUGGCGGAACGCCGUGCAGAGGCGAGUAGCCCGGCGGCCGCCCCCAGGUCGUCGGACGGCGUGAGCGUCGGGCAGAGCAGCUCCCAUGUCCCGAAGGAGGCAACAACCGCCGGAGGAAGGCCGCCGUCAGACGGCGGCGCGGCCUGCCACGAGCAGCAGCCUCCGGCGGCGCCGCCGCUGCGCACGCUGCGGUCGCUGACGAUGCGGAGGGCGAGCACGGGCGACCUCCGGAACACCAUGGCGGAGGACAUGCCGAUGGUGUCGUACAAGGUGGCGGAGGGCCCCGGCGGCGGCGGCGGCCGGAAGACCGACGGGUUCCUGUACAAGUACAGGAAGGGGGAGGAAGUGCGGAUCGUGUGCGUCUGCCACGGCAGCUUCCUCACGCCCGCCGAGUUCGUGAAGCAUGCCGGCGGCGGCGAGGUGACCAACCCGCUGCGCUAUAUUGUCGUCAACCCGCAGCGGUCGGUGUUCUUGUAG